AUGUCGGACCUCCAGGCUCUCGAGAAGCGUCUCCGCAUCCUCGAAGACAAGGACGCCAUCACCUCUCUCCUCAACCGCUACUGCAACACGGCCGAUGACCGAGAUUGGGUCUCCUUCGGCCAAUGCUUCACCGAAGACGGCGUGAUGUGCUUCGAAAACUGGGGAGAUGUCGUGGGACAGGAGAAGAUCACGGCAGCGGCGGGCGGCGCCGAGGACCGGUUUGAGGGCUUGCAACACUCCAUGACGAACCAGCAGGUGGACGUGGACGGAGACGAAGCCGCUUGCAGGUGCUACUUGUGGUUUGCGGCAACCAUGGAUCGCAGCAAGCCCCACGAAUACCACGCCUUUGGUGGCCACUACAGGAUCUUCCAGGGCUGGGGGCUCAUCAUGGCGCCCACCGACGAGAUCCAGCCGGCCCCGGCCGUCAUCACCGGUGACUUGGCCCAAGACCAGGCCGACGAGCUCCGUUCCAAGGCUCUCACGGCCGACAAGUCUACCCUCCCCGACGGGUACUACAUGAGUCCGCGUGUCAUCGGCACGUUUGUCGGUCUGGCGUUCAACCUCGCGGCGGCCUAUUGGGUCAUGCAAGCCGCGGCGGGAUGCCUUGUCCAGAUCGACCAGGACAUCGGCCCCAGCGCCAACAUCUACAUGUUCACCACGGUAUGGGUCAUUUGCCAGUCCGUCUCCAUGCUGCUCUUUGGCCGCAACUCGGACAAGUUUGGCCGCCGCAAUCUCGCGCUGUACGCGCAGGCUCUCGGCAUCGUUGGCGGCAUUGUCGGUGCCACGGCCAAGGACCCCAACCAGCUCAUCGGCGCCGCCGUCAUCCUCGGCAUCGCGGCUGGCGUGCCUGGAUCAUAUCCCUUGCUCACGGGCGAGCUGAUGACGAAUAAGCUCAAGUAUCUGGGUACUGUUAUCGUCGUGGUCCCAAACAUCAUCGCUACCGGCUUCGGCCCUUAUUUGGGAAUUCGCCUGGCCACCAUUGCUCACUGGAGGUGGAUCUUUUACAUCUACAUCAUCUUGAUGGUCAUCGGAACCGUGAUGUGGUACAUCUGGUAUCACCCUCCCUCGUACGUGCAACUUCAUGGCGAAACUUCGUCCCCGUGGAAGCACGUUCGACAGAUUGAUUGGAUCGGUACCUUUCUCCUCACAUCUGGCUUGGUUCUUUUCAUGUUGGGCAUGUCGUGGGGUGGCCCGUAUCCGUGGUCAUCACCGCGCGUACUCGGCCUCCUCAUCUCCGGAGGUGUGGUUCUCGUCUCGUUCGUCCUGUACGAGUGCUUCUUCAACAUCAAGUUCCCCAUCGUCCCCAUGAAGAUGUUCCUCGACGUUCGCGGAUUCACGUGCGUCGUAGCAAUCUCCGCUUUCACCGGAUGCAUCCAGCAGAGCAUCUUCAUCGUCUGGCCAUCACAGAUUCAGUACAUCUUUGGAAGCACCUCUACCGGUGGGUGGGAGCAAACGGCGUGGAUGGCCAGCGUUUCGGGCUUUGGCUCUUGGGCCGGCAUCAUCAUGAUUGGGCCUCUUUACCACAUUGUCAAACGCCUCCGCCUACAGCUUCUGGUUGGCUCAGUCUUUAUGACGGCCUUCCUGGGCGCCAUGGUCUCAAUCACGUAUACCAACCGCGCGUCCGCGAUUGCAUUCUGCUUCUUGAGCACAUUCCCCAUGGGUUGGGGAGAGGUCUUCACUAUGUUGAUGGUGCAAUAUAUCGUCUCUGAGACUGAUCUCGGCAUUGGCUUUGUGCCCGCCGUCCUCGAGGCUGGGCUUCCGCAGUCUUCCCUCUCCCAGCUCCUCACCGCCGCCACCCAGGCGAGUCAGGCGGCCCUCCAAGCUGUCCCCGGGAUGACCGACGAGAUUCUCCGAGUGACCAAUAACAGCGUUGCAGACGCAUACGGGAAGGCAUUUUCAUACGUUUACUACUUUGCCCUGGCCCUUGGAGCGAUCUGCAUCAUCGCCGCGGCUUGUCUUCGAGACUUUGACCAGUAUCUUACGGAUCAUGUCUCGCGCAUGGUAUACCACAAGAAGGACACGAAGACGGAUGUUCUCAGGGUCAAGAAUGUAGAUGGGGAUGAUGGAGACGGCGAAAAGCCCGUUAGUGAGACGAAGGAAGUGGCAUGA